AUGAAGCUCUUCUUCCAUUUUCUCUUGUUUUGUUUCUUUACUCUUUUGUUCAACACUUGUUCUGCUGGCAAUGUAACUUAUGACGGCCGCUCUCUCAUCAUUGAUGGCCAACACAAGCUAAUCAUUUCCGCUGCCAUUCAUUACCCCCGCAGCGUUCCUGGGAUGUGGCCAGGGCUCAUUCAAAAAGCAAAGGAAGGAGGGGUUGAUGCAAUUGAAUCUUACGUGUUUUGGAAUGGCCAUGAGCUUUCUCCAGGAAAAUACAAUUUUGAAGGACGAUACGAUCUGGUCAAGUUUGUAAAGCUUGUUCAGCAAGCUGGGAUGUAUAUGAUUCUUCGAAUUGGUCCCUUUGUAGCAGCUGAAUGGCAUUAUGGGGGAGUACCUGUCUGGUUGCACUAUGUCCCUGGAACUGUGUUUCGAACUGAUAGUGAGCCCUUCAAGUAUCACAUGCAAAAGUUCAUGACAUUGAUAGUAAACCUCAUGAAGAAAGAGAAGCUUUUUGCAUCGCAAGGAGGUCCAAUCAUCCUAGCCCAGGUUGAAAAUGAAUAUGGAACAUAUUACGAAAAAUUCUAUGGAGAAGGGGCAAAGCGUUAUUCCCAAUGGGCUGCAAAAAUGGCAGUUUCUCAGAAUAUUGGAGUACCUUGGGUAAUGUGCUGGCAAGAGGAUGCUCCUGACCCUGUGAUAGAUACUUGCAACUCCUUUUACUGUGAUCAAUUCAUACCUAAUUCUCCCAAGAAGCCCAAAAUUUGGACUGAGAAUUGGCCUGGAUGGUUUAAGACAUUUGGGGCAAGAGAUCCUCACAGGCCAGCUGAAGAUAUUGCUUUUUCUGUUGCUCGGUUUUUUCAGAAAGGCGGAAGUGUACAAAAUUACUACAUGUAUCAUGGUGGGACCAACUUUGGUCGAACAUCGGGUGGACCUUUCGUUACAACAAGUUACGAUUAUGAUGCUCCUAUUGAUGAGUAUGGGUUGCCUAGGUUUCCAAAAUGGGGACACCUAAAGGAACUCCAUAGAGCUAUAAAGUUAACAGAGCAUGCAUUGCUAAAGAGUAAACCAACUACUUUAUCACUAGGUCCUUCCCAAGAGGCUGAUGUUUAUGAUGAUGGUUCAGGAGUAUGUGCUGCCUUUCUUUCUAACGUGGAUAAUAAAACUGACAUGAAUGUAGUGUUCCGGAAUGUGUCAUAUCACCUGCCUGCAUGGUCAGUCAGCAUUCUUCCUGACUGUAAGAAUGUUCUGUUUAACACGGCCAAGGUAGGUUCCCAGGCCUCUGUAGUUAAAAUGGUACCCGAGAAGUUGCAGCCAUCGGUGGCAUCACAAUGUAAAGGCUUGAAGACUCUUAAGUGGGAUAUAUUUGAGGAGAAUGCUGGAAUUUGGGGAGUAGCUGACUUCACUAGAAAUGGUUUUGUGGAUCAUAUAAAUACCACUAAACAUGCUACCGACUACCUCUGGUAUACAACAAGUAUAAUUGUUGGUGAAAAUGAAGAAUUUCUGAAGAAUGGAAGCCAUCCAGUCCUUCUUAUUGAGUCAAAGGGUCAUGCGCUUCAUGCUUUUGUGAAUCAGGAACUUCAAGGCAGUGCUUUUGGAAAUGGCUCGAAUGCAUCCUUCAAAUUUGAGAAUCCAAUUUCUCUCAAGGCAGGCAAGAAUGAAAUUGCACUUUUAAGCAUGACUAUGGGCCUACCGAGUGCAGGAGGAUUCUAUGAAUGGGCAGGAGCCGGACUAACAAGUGUCAAGAUCCAGGGGCUCAAUAAUGGAACAAUAGAUUUGUCCAUGUCCAGCUGGACCUACAAGAUUGGAUUGAAAGGAGAACACUUGAGAAUACACAAGCCAGACAGAUUGAAUCGCGUAAAUUGGGUGUCAACUUCAGAACCACCCAAAAAUCAACCUCUGACAUGGUACAAGGUUGUUGUGGAUCCACCAUCAGGGGAUGAACCAGUUGGUCUGGAUAUGAUUCAUAUGGGAAAAGGUCUAGUCUGGUUAAAUGGAGAAGAGAUUGGAAGAUACUGGCCGGUAAAAACUUCUAAACACCAGGAGUGCGUACAGGAAUGUGAUUACAGAGGAAAAUUUUUCCAAGAAAAAUGCCUUACUGGUUGCGGAGAACCAACACAAAGAUGGUACCAUGUUCCACGCUCUUGGUUCAAGCCAUCCGGAAACAUUUUGGUGAUCUUCGAGGAGAAAGGUGGAGAUCCAACAAAAAUUACAUUCUCAAAACGCAAAAUAUCAGGCCUAUGUUCUCUCAUUGCUGAGGACCCAAUGGCGUACAAACCAAAACCAACUGUCCAUCUAAAGUGCCCCAAAAAUACUUCCAUCUCUAAUGUGAAAUUCGCUAGCUUUGGAAAUCCUACAGGAAGGUGUGGGUCUUACAGCAAGGGGCACUGCCAUGAUCCUAAUUCAACAUCGGUGGUAAAAAAGGUCUGCCUAGGUAAAAACGAGUGUGCCAUAGAAGUAACAGAAGAGAACUUCGAUAAGGGCUUGUGUCCUGGGACUUCUAAGAAACUUGCAGUUGAAGCAGCUUGCAGCUAAAAUUACCAGUUCCAGCAGAGUUUUAUUUAUGCAGUAGGAAACUUUUUUCUCAUGGUAUUUUUGUCCA